CUCCUUCGUAUCGCAGCGGUCUGUCUGUGCUGGUGCAUAGUACUGGAUUCCAAAAGGGGCAUUUCCGCCUCCUUGGUUCUAGUGAAAAGAAGCCUCCAGGCGCAACAAUGUCUCCGUCGUUCCUAAACCUCAAGAGUAUUUGCAGGCGAUCGCGAAACAGCUUCAGGACGGAACGCUCGACCGACGGCUCGAGCGAAGCAAGCAAUGGCACUGCUCCCACAACCGGCUCCUUGACUCCUCCGUCCUUCUCCUCGCACCAGUCGGACCCGGCCCUCAAUGUGCACGUUAACAACCACCAGGCGACAUCUCCAACUCCUCCUGCUACUGCCCCUUCGCGCCCGGCGCCACAUCCCUACCCCACCGGAAACUCAAACAGAUAUAGUGUCUCGGGGAUGACAGGUCUAGGAUCGCCAAUGCCAAACGGCAGGGGCCCCAACUUGCCCGUCUCGCAAUACUCUCCACGCAUCACCAGUAUUCAAGACAACUCAUGGGUCUACCAAAAGGUUCUGCUUGUCUACGGUACCGUUGGGGAGCCUUCUCAGCAAUCCCUCGACGAGACCGUGACUGUCAGUCGACUUGAUGACAGCUUCCCCCCUAUCAGCUGGCCCGUAUGCGAUUCCCAGUUCAAGGCUCUAAUCUACAUGACGCCCGGCGCAAACCGACUACGCUUCGACUUUGCCAGCCCGAAACUUGCCAACAGCGGAUCGACGAAUCCCAUUCACGCCUCCUAUCUCACAAUACAUAUGCUUCCGACGACCAACGCCCCUCCGCUUCAACUCGCCAUUCUGCUCGCCAAGGAUUCUCCCGCCACAUACGAUGCCGUUCCAGCCAGGGUUGAGCGAGAAGGGAACGGUUUGGAGACGGCAGUUCGAAAGUUCCGCAUGGCUGCGUAUCUGUGGCAGGCAUUCACUGCAGAACAGAUGUGGCGCAACAAAUUUGGCCGUCGCGUGUUCCGGUUCGAAGAGGAGUGGACGACAGGUUCGGCAAACCAGAGGGAUAGAGAGCAAGGGACACUACGGUCUGAAGCACGCAUCCACAUUAUCAGGACGAACCAUACCCUAGCAGAGCUGCGCGACUUGGACAAGGCCCAGCAAAACAAAAGCGCCAAGCGAAAGGAUGCUCUGUUUGGCAUUGCUGCAGAUGCGGUCAGGGACUACUUCAAGCCGCUUCCGGGGCAGAAACUAUACGUUUCUGUCUUGUUGCUAGACUCACACUGGGAUACGAGCUCGAAAACCGUUACCGCACACGCCGCGCUCGGAGGGGGGGUCGGCGAUCUGCAGCUUGGCAUAUUCGGGUCACACUGCCUGCAAAGCUACCCGACAAGCUUCGAAGAAGUGGUCCCGGCAUUCAGUGACUGUACGCCUACAGAUACGAAUCAUGUUGCCAACGACUGCAAUGAGGCUGGGAGCUCGUGGGAGGCAGCUAAUAUCGGCAUUGGAGCUCAUCUGCACGAGACAGGCCAUUUGUUUGGCCUGCCUCACCGCGAGAGCGGCGUCAUGCUGAGGGACUAUGUGAAGCUGAAUCGCACUUUCAUCGUUCGGGAAGCAUAUUCGACACGCACGCGCUCCAAGGGUGGUCUAGUGUCGCAGGAGGAUGAAUGUACCUGGCACCGUCUGGACUGCCUCAGGUUUCGGAGCCACCCAUGUUUUCGACUGCCCAACGACCCAGCUCAAAGCCCGGAUGACAGCGUGCAGGCAUGGCCGGUGGGAGGAGGCGAAGUAAUGAUAACGGCCGCCUCAGGGGUAAUGUACGUCGAGAUCUUUGGAGAAGAUGACGAUGUCUGCCACAAAUGGAUCGAAUAUCUCGGCGAAGGUGGUAGCGGUAAUGGAUCUGGGAUCCAACGCCAAAUAACGCUCAAUGAGCAGGAACUACGAAAGGAACUGGCUGGAGAGAACAAGAAAAAGCGGAGGUUGAAGGUUAGUGUCAGAUCACAUGGCGGCGGUUCUUUGGAUAUCGAAGAUUUUCAUCAGUUGUGCUCGAAGCAAUCCAGCUUCAAGCUUCCCAUGGGCUUGGUACCGGGAGUGCCCGUCCUGGCGCAGACGGCGUAUCGCGGCAAGACGUUGGGAGCAUCCAAAUUGGAAGGAAGCGAGCCCCAUGAAGUUGUGUUCACGAGUGCAGUGAAACAGGGCAUAGUCCUCUCACGGAUUAUUGUUUACCAUGGGUUGGCCUUGGAUGGUUUGGAGUUUGUUUAUGAUGACAAUUCAACGCAACUUUUUGGAAAAAAGGGGGGCAAAGCAGGGGGUGAUGUUUUUGAAAUGGAUAUUCGUCGGGGUGAGUAUGUCACCGGCUUCUAUGUCAGAGCCGGCUUCUGGAUCGAUGGCAUUCAAAUCUUUACAAGCUCGGGGAGGAAAUCGCCAAUCUACGGCAAGCCGAAUGGUGGCUCUGGCCAUACACUAAUACCCCCAAGAGGAUUUAAUAUUGUUGGAGUAACCGGGUCAUGCGGCGCUUGGGUUGACGGAUUUUCUGUUGUCAUCAGUAAAUUGCCUUUGUCGCUUUGAUACCCAUUAUCACAUUCCAGCCUGCGCAUUUAUAUAUAUACUUUGCACA